AUGCGUCAGGGAGGAGGUGUGCGCCGGGCGGGGAGGGCGGGGGCUGGGGAGGAAGAGCGGCUUCCUGCGCCGGGGGGCUCGACGGCGAGCCGUCCCGGUCACCACGGGGGCCGCAGGCCGCGCCGCGGGCCCCGGGGCCACCCGUCCGCGCCCGAACAGCCCGGAGACCUCGGCGGAAAGACGGUUACCCCGGCCCAGCCGGGCGCCGCGGCUCCGCCCCUCGCCCUGGGCCCUUCCCGCUCUCGUUACCCGGGGGCCGCGGCACCGGACGCCACGCCGACACACGCCUUCGCGCCUCUCACCUGCACCGCCACGGACUCCCCUGCUCCGGGGCCCAGGCCUGUAAAGCGCUUCAAAUCUACCGCCGUCAGGAAAGGCGCUAAAGCCCACUAACCGCCUCCCUCCCCCACCGCCCAGGCCAGGCGUGGAGGGAAAGCGUCGCGCCGGAAGUGCGUCAGGGGUGGGUGGGUGGGGGUGAAGGCGUCUCCCGGCGUUCCCUGACUUACGUCAUCAUCUUCUCCUUGGGAGGGUAGGGUCUGUCGGCCUUUUAAAUCCAUCCCUGACAGGUAGCGGAGUGUGUCCUGCGAGUUGAUUGGGAACUUCUGGGCAGGAUGGAAUGUUUGGAAACUGUUGCCCUGCUUCUGUUCCUGCUCAGGGCUGUCAAGAAAAGCAAGGCUCCCAAGUCCUUGUCCUGCAGCCAUGAUCGAUCAGCAACUCUACUUAAAUAGUGAUUUAUUAAAGUCUUUGGAACCCA